AUGGGUAAGAACGGUUUAGGACAGGUUAUUAUGGGUAAGAAUGGUUUAGGACGAGUUAUGAUGGGUAAGAAUGGUUUAGGACGGGUCAUAAUGGGUAAGAAUGGUUUAGGACGGGUUAUUAUUGGUAAGAACGGUUCAGAACGGUCUGUGAUGGGUAAGAAUGGUUUAGGACGGGUUAUUAUGGGACGGAUUAUUAUGGGUAAGAAUGGUUUAGGACGGGUUAUUAUGGGUAAGAAUGGUUUAGGACGGGUUGUGAUGGAUAAGAAUGGUUUAGGACGAGUUAUGAUGGGUCAGACUGGUUUAGGACGGGUCAUAAUGGGUAAGAAUGGUUUAGGACGGGUUAUUAUGGGUAAGAACGGUUCAGAACGGGUUGUGAUGGGUAAGAAUGGUUUAGGACGGGUUAUUACGGGUAACAAUGGGUUAGGAAGGAAUAAGGGUCUGAAAAACACUGAGCCUGAGAAUAAGGGUCUGAAAAACACUGAGCCUGAGAAUAAGGGUCUGAAAAACACUGAGCCUGAGAAUAAGGAUCUGAAAAACACUGAGCCUGAGAAUAAGGAUCUGAAAAACACUGAGUCUGAGAAUAAGGGUCUUAAAAACACUGAGCCUGAGAAUAAGGAUCGGAAAAACACUGAGCCUGAGAAUAAGGGUCUGAAAAACACUGAGCCUGAGAAUAAGGAUCUUAAAAACACUGAGCCUGAGAAUAAGGGUCUGAAAAACACUGAGCCUGAGAAUAAGGAUCUGAAAAACACUAAGCCUGAGAAUAAGGAUCGGAAAAACACUGAGCCUGAGAAUAAUGGUCUGAAGAGCACUGAGCCUGAGAAUAAGGGUCUGAAGAGCACUGAGCCUGAGAUUAAGGGUCUGAAGAACACUGAGCCUGAGAAUAAGAAUAAAGUUCUGAAGAACACUAAACCUAGGAAUAAUGGAAUGAAGAACACUAUACCUAAGAAUAAGGGUCUGAAGAACACUAAGCAUAAGAAUAAAAGUAUAAAGAACACUACAACUAAGAAUAAGGGUCUGAAGAACACUAUACCUAAGAAUAAGGGUCUGAAGAACACUAUACCUAAGAAUAAGGGUCUGAAGAACACUAUAUAUAAGAAUAAGGGUCUGAAGAACACUAUACCUAAGAAUAAGGGUCUGAAGAACACUAUACCUAAGAAUAAGGGUCUGAAGAACACUAUACCUAAGAAUAAGGGUCUGAAGAACACUAAACCUAAGAAUAAGGAUCUGAAGAACACUCUACCUAAGAAUAAGGGUCUGGAGAACACUAUACCUAAGAAUAAGGGUCUGAAGAACACUAUACCUAAGAAUAAGGGUCUAAAGAACACUAAACCUAAGAACAAGGGUCUAAAGAACACUAAACCUAAGAAUAAUGGAAUGAAGAACACUAAGCAUAAGAAUAAAAGUCUGAAGAACACUAAACCUAAGAACAAGGGUCUAAAGAACACUAAACCUAAGAAUAAUGGAAUGAAGAACACUAAGCAUAAGAAUAAAAGUCUGAAGAACACUAAACCUAAGAACAAGGGUCUAAAGAGCACUAAACCUAAGAAUAAGAGUCUGAAGAACACUAAACCUUAG